AUGAAAGUGGGCCGUGUGGCCAUCAUCACCCGUGGCCGUUACGCCGGUAAGAAGGUCGUCAUUGUCCAGCCCAACGACACCGGCUCCAAGGCGCACCCCUUCCCCUAUGCCAUCGUCGCCGGCAUUGAGCGUUACCCCCUGAAGGUCACCCGCCGCAUGGGUAAGAAGAUGGUCGAGAAGCGCAGCCGCAUCAAGCCCUUCAUCAAGGUUGUCAACUACAACCACUUGAUGCCCACUCGCUACACUCUUGAGCUCGAGGGUCUCAAGGGUGCUGUUUCCGCCGACACUUUCAAGGAGGUCUCCCAGCGCGAGGACGCCAAGAAGACCAUCAAGAAGGCUCUGGAGGACCGCUACACCAGCGGCAAGAACCGUUGGUUCUUCACUCCUCUGCGUGCGUACCCUGUGAUUUUAUUGACUGGAUUCUGGCUGACAUUAGCAGGUUUCUAA